AUGGCCAAAGGUUUCAAGUUAAAAGAGCUAUUGUCUCAUGAAAAGGAGCAACAAAAGAUCCAAAAGGAAGAAGCUAUCAAAGUUGCUAAGCAAAAAGAAGCUGAAAAGAAUGCUGAAGUCAAGGUCAUUUCAAGUAAGGAUUUAGAAGAAGCUGAAAAGGAAGAAGCUGCUGAAGCUGCAGCUGUAGCUGCUGAAAAGGCUUCCCAAAAGGAUGAAGGUGAAGAGUAUAAGAGUGAAGCUCUAUCUAAGAAGGAUCAAAGAAAGGCUAAAAAACAAGCGAAAAAAGAAGAAUCUCGUCUUGAACUUGAAAGAUUAGCUGAGAGUGAAUCAGAAUCUGAAAUUGAGAACGAUGUUGAAAGUGAUAAAGAGGAAGAAGAACAAGAAGAACCAGAAGAUGUUCCAUUAUCCGAUGUCGAAUUUGAUUCAGAUGCCGAUGUUGUACCAUACCAAAAGGUAACCAUUAACAAUGUCAAAGCAUUGAACCAAUCUCUUGAAAAUGUUCAAUUACCUUGGAGUAAACAUUCAUUCCAAGAACAUCAAAGUGUUACCUCUGAAGAAAAUACUGAUGCAAAAAUUAAGGACAUAUAUGAUGAUACCGAGAGGGAAUUAGCAUUCUAUAAACAAUCUUUAAAUGCUGUUGUACAUGCUCGUUCGGAGUUAAAGAGAUUAAAGGUUCCAUUCCUAAGACCUCUUGAUUACUUUGCUGAGAUGGUUAAAAAUGACGAACAUAUGGAUAAGAUCAAGAGUGAAUUAGUUAGAGAUGCUAGUGAAAAGAAGGCUCGUGAAGAAGCUAGAAGACAAAGAGAUCUAAAGAAAUAUGGUAAACAAGUACAAAUCGCCACUUUACAAAAACGUCAAAUGGAAAAGAAAGAUUCUCUGGAUAAGAUCAAGAAUCUUAAGAAGAAAAGAAAACAAAAUGAGAUCACUGGUGAUGACUUUGAUGUUGCAGUCGAAGAAGAAAGUGAAACUCGUGCUGAAAGAUAUGGUAGACCAAACUCUAAGAGAUCUGCUAAGAAUGCUAAAUAUGGUCAAGGUGGUCUAAAGAGAUUCAAGAGAAAGAAUGAUGCUGAGUCUUCCGCAGAUAUAUCUGGAUUUUCCCAAAGAAAGAUGAAGGGUAAGCCAGCCAGACCAGGUAAGAGCAGACGUAGUAGAAGACAUUGA